GAGGAAGCAGAAAGAGAGCUGUAACCAGCAGCAACCAGCGCUUUGGGGCCUGUUUGCCUUGUUUUCCUUGCCCCCUCCUGUGAGCCCUACAGCCUCCUCUCCAGCCCCACGACUGAGGAUGGAUGAAGAGUUAUACUCCAGGCAGCUGUAUGUACUGGGCCUGCCUGCUAUGCAGAGGAUCCAGGAAGCCAAAGUCUUGCUAUGUGGCCUGCAGGGUCUGGGAGCUGAGGUGGCCAAGAACCUAGUCCUUACAGGUGUGGGCAGCCUCACCCUGCAUGAUCCCCAUCCCACCUGCUGGGCUGACUUGGCUGCUCAGUGUUUCCUUUCAGAAGAGAGCUUGGGAAGGAACAGGGCUGAGGCCUCUCAGGCGCAAUUGGCUCAGCUCAAUGAAGCUGUCCAGAUCUCCGUCCACAGUGGCGACAUCACUGAGGACCUACUGCAGGGUUUUCAGGUAGUGGUGCUGACUGACUCCAAGCUGGAAGACCAGCUGAAGGUGGGACCUUUGUGUCACAAGCAUGGAGUCCGCUUCCUGAUGGCUGAAACCCGGGGCCUUGUGGGGCGGUUAUUCUGUGACUUUGGUGAGGACUUCACAGUUUUGGACCCUACUGAGGUAGAACCCAUGACAGCUGCCAUCCAGGACAUCUCUCAGGGUUUCCCCGGCAUUGUCACCCUGAGAGGAGACACCAAAAGACAUUCCUUCCACGAUGGGGACUUGGUGAUUUUCUCAGACAUUGAAGGCAUGGUUGAACUCAACAGUUGUUCUCCACAGUCUGUCCGUGUGCAGAAAGACGGGUCCUUGGAGAUUGGAGAUACGACAACUUUCUCCCGUUACUUGAGAGGUGGGGUUGUCACCGAAGUCAAGAGACCCAAGACCGUGAGGCAUAAGCCCCUGGACAUAGCUCUGCUUCAGCCCCAUGUGGUGGCUCAGAAUACUCAGGAAGUACAGCGUGCUCACUGCCUACAUCAGGCCUUCCAUGUACUGCACAAGUUCCAGCAACUUCAUGGCCGGCUACCCAAGCCAUGGGAUCCUGAUGAUGCAGAGACUGUGGUGGAGCUGGCCCAGGACCUGGAGCCACUAAAAGGGACAGAAGAAGAGUCACUGGAUGAGGCUCUCCUCCGCACAAUUGCCCUGAGUAGUGCUGGUACCUUAAGCCCCAUGGCAGCCAUUAUGGGAGGAGUGGCUGCUCAGGAGGUCCUAAAGGCCAUCUCCAGGAAGUUCAUGCCCCUGGAUCAGUGGCUGUACUUUGACGCCCUUGAAUGUCUUCCAGAAGAUGAGACGCUCCUUCCCAGCCCUGAGGAUUGUCAGCCAAGAAACUGCCGAUACGAUGGGCAAAUUGCUGUGUUUGGAACUGAUCUUCAAGAGAAACUGAGUGACCAACACUACCUCUUGGUGGGUGCUGGUGCCAUUGGCUGUGAGAUGCUCAAAGUCUUUGCCCUAGUGGGCCUCGGAGUUAGGGCGAAUGGAGGUGUGACUGUUGCUGACAUGGAUUACAUAGAACGCUCCAACCUCAGCAGGCAGUUCCUCUUCAGGCCCAAGGAUGUUAGAAGGCCCAAGGCAGAGGUGGCCGCCGCAGCAGCCCAUCGUCUCAACCCAGACCUACGAGCGACUCCAUAUACCUGCCCACUGGAUCCCACCACAGAGGAUAUCUACGAUGACAGCUUUUUCUCCAGGGUGAACGGUGUUGUUGCUGCUUUGGACAGCUUCCAGGCCCGGCACUAUGUCGCUGCUCGAUGCACCCACUAUCUGAAGCCACUGCUGGAGGCCGGCACCCAGGGCACCUGGGGGAGUGCUUCAGUGUUUGUGCCCUAUGUGACAGAAGCCUACAGAGGUCCUGCCUCGGAUGCAGCUUCUGAGGAUGCUCCCUACCCUGUGUGUACCCUGAGGCACAUCCCCAGCUCGAUGGAGCACAGCGUGCAGUGGGCCCAGGAUCAAUUUGAGGGACUCUUCAGACUAUCUACAGAGACCAUCAACUGCUACCAACAGACAUGCACUUCCCUGUCGGCCACGGAUAGGACAGAGACACUGGCCUUACUGCAGCAAGUGAUGGGUGUCCUGAGAACUCGCCCACAGACCUGGCAAGACUGUGUGGUGUGGGCUCUUGGCCACUGGCAACUGUGCUUCCAUGAUAAAGUGCUUGAGGGUGGAACUCAGUUCUCAUCAGGAUCCAACAAGUGUCCACAUCCCUUGCAGUUUGACCCCAACCACGACAUGCAUUUCCUCUACGUACUGGCAGCUGCCAACCUGUAUGCACGGAUGCAUGGGCUGCCUGGCUCACAAAGUCAGCCUGCACUCAGGGAACUGCUGACGCGGCUGCUAGAGUCUGAUUCCAGGCCCCAGAACCUCUUCUCUGCUGAGCAUGGCCAGGAACAGUUGAAGGAACUGCAGGAAACCCUGGACGACUGGAGGAAGGGGCCCCCGCUGAAGCCUGUGCUGUUUGUGAAGGAUGAUGACAGCAACUUCCAUGUGGACUUUGUGGUAGCAGCGACAGACCUGCGAUGUCAGAACUACGGGAUCCUACCAGUUAAUCAUGCUCGGAUCAAGCAAAUCGUGGGCCGGAUUAUCCCAGCCAUUGCCACCAGUACAGCAGUUGUGGCAGGCUUACUGGGCCUGGAGCUGUAUAAGGUGGUAAGCGGGCUCCGAUCCCAUGGUACCUUUCGUCACAGCUAUCUGCACCUGGCUGAAAACCACUUCAUCCGCUCAGCGCCUUCUGCCCCAGCCGUCCAGUCGUUCCGUGACCUGAAAUGGACCUGUUGGGACCGCCUGAAGGUGCCCGCUGUGCAGCCUGAAAGGACACUGAAGUCACUGCUGGCCCAUCUCCAGGAAGAACAUGGACUGAAGGUGGAGAUGCUUCUCCACCACCAGGCUCUGCUCUAUUCUUCAGGAUGGUCAUCUGAAAAGCAGGCUCAACACCUGUGCCUCAGGGUGACAGAACUGGUUCAGCACGUGACCGGCUGGAAGCCCAAGCCUGGGCUGAAGGUUCUGGUGUUUGAGCUGAGCUGUGAGGGCGAGGAGGAAGAAAUGGCCUUCCCACCUCUGCAUUAUGAGCUGUGACGAGGUAGCCACACCACGCCACCACUUGGCCAUAACAAACUCUGCAUAAAAUUCCUACAUCUUCAGCUCACAGCAGAUACUUCAACAAUAAAAACUUGUUGACGGAAGGC